GUCAUUCAUAUAUUUUUGUCCACGAAUGUAUUUUGCAGAAUUAAUGUAGGGUUGGUUAAUCCAUUCUAAAAUUGUGAAAAUAAUUAGUUUUUACGGUGAAAUACCUUUAGUUAGUUAGUGUUUUCGUAGCUCAGCUUAGUGACAAAAUGUUGACUUUAAAAGAUAGGCAAAUUAAUGCAAUCAAGCAAAUGCUUAACUUGAACCAGCCACAAACAAAAGCCCUAGCCGCGGAACCUGUAUGGAAACUUUUGAUCUAUGACCGUAUUGGGCAGGAUAUUAUUUCGCCGUUGAUCGCCAUCCGGGAGCUACGUGAACUGGGAGUUACAUUGCAUAUUCAGUUGCACUCGGACCGUGAUUCGAUUCCGGACGUCCCGGCAAUCUAUUUCUGCGCCCCGACGGAAGAGAACUUGGGUCGCAUAGCACAAGAUUUUCAAAAUGGACUGUACGAUGUGUACCACUUGAAUUUUAUUUCACCGAUUUCUAGGCAACGGUUGGAGGAUUUGGCUGCUGCAGCCCUGCAGGCAGGAUGUGUAGCUAAUAUACAUAAGGUUUACGAUCAGUACGUAAAUUUUAUAACGCUGGAGGACGAUAUGUUUGUGUUAAAGCAUCAGAACAGUGAUUUACUGUCGUACUACGCUAUCAAUCGAGCAAACACGCAAGACUUUGAAAUGGAAGGAAUUAUGGAUAGUAUCGUGGAUAGUCUUUUUUCGGUGUUCGUAACACUGGGGAAUGUUCCCAUCAUUCGUUGUCCGAAGAACUCCGCCGCCGAAAUGGUGGCUCGUAAGUUGGAGAAGAAAUUGCGUGAGAAUUUGUGGGAUGCGCGGAACAAUCUGUUUCACAUGGAUGCGACCCAGACUGGGACGUUUAGUUUCCAACGUCCACUGCUGAUUUUGAUGGAUCGGAAUGUGGAUAUGGCGACCCCACUUCAUCACACGUGGACGUAUCAAGCUCUUGCUCAUGACGUUUUGGAAUUGUCCCUUAAUCGGGUAAUUGUGGAGGAAGAUAGUGAAAAAGCUUCAUCCACAGGUGCAAAAUCGAAAAUGAAGGCCUGUGAUUUAGAUUCGAGAGACAAAUUUUGGAGUUCACACAAAGGCAGUCCAUUUCCGAUGGUAGCCGAGGCGAUCCAGGAAGAGUUGGAGCAGUAUCGAUCAUCGGAAGAUGAGAUCAAAAAGCUAAAAUCAACGAUGGGCAUUGAUGGCGAAACGGAUGUGGCCUUUUCGAUGGUCAACGACAAUACGGCCAAGCUGACCAGUGCAGUGAACUCGCUGCCCCAGCUGAUGGAAAAGAAACGACUAAUUGAUAUGCACACGAAGAUUGCGACGGCUGUUCUAAACUUUAUCAAAGCUCGCCGAUUGGAUUCCUUUUUUGAGUUGGAGGAAAAAAUUAUGUCCAAACAGGCGCUCGAUCGGGCGUUGGCAGAUGUUCUAAAAGAUCCAGAAUUUGGAACUUUGGAAGAUAAGAUGCGGCUGUUUAUCAUCUACUAUAUUUGCAGCAACGUGGUCGAUGCCGAGUACCAGAAGCUGGAGCAGGUGCUGAGGGAGUGUGGCUGCGAUCUAACUCCGAUGCCGUACGUGCGAAGGUGGAAGAGUAUAAUGAAAAGCACAGUUACAAAUCCCAACCAGUACGAAGGAAGUGGCACUAAAACUGUAUCCAUGUUUUCGAAGCUGGUAACGCAAGGCUCGUCUUUUGUGAUGGAAGGCGUCAAGAAUCUAGUUGUUAAAAGACACAACCUACCGGUCACAAAAAUAGCCGAGCAGCUGAUGGAAUGCCGAGCUGGUGGGGAAGUAGACGAGUACCUGUACUUGGAUCCCAAGCUGCUAAAGGGAGGCGACGUAUUGCCGAAAAAUCGUGCCCCAUUCCAAGACGCCGUCGUUUUUAUGGUAGGCGGCGGAAAUUACAUCGAGUAUCAGAAUUUGGUGGAUUUUAUCAAAUCGAAGCAAACUGCAACCGGUAAUCGACGGAUUAUUUACGGAGCUUCAACACUGACCAAUGCGAAACAGUUUUUGAAGCAGCUAUCUCUGCUGGGUCAAGAAAUAGGAGGUGGGGCGUAACGGAACUGCUUGUUGGAUUGUUUUUUGGCGUUCGGAGGAGGGUUGAUAGUUCACUAAGGUACUAGUAACUAUUACGACAGUUACGUUUGUUAGCAUGUUUUAGUAGCUAAGUAAUAGAUUAUGCAAUAAAUAUACUAUACUUUCCAGCUAUGUAACAAAACUUAAACAAAUAA